AUGGCCACUGCUGCUGCCAUCUCCGUCCGUGCUCCGUCCCCCUCCCUCCGCGCAGGCUCCCCAACCCCGUCAAGACGCGCCUCCGCAACUCCGCCCGUCCAUCUCAGCCCCCGCGCGUCUCGCCGCCUGUCCCUCGACAAGGAAAACGUCAGCCUACACGCCGCCAUGGAGCCCAACGGCAAGGCCACUGCAGAGAACGGCCAUGACGCCGCCGCUGUCGCCGCCGUCCCCGUCGCCAACGGACGGCCCCGCGACGGAAGUGUGAGCGAGGACGACGUCGACAACGUGCUGCGCCGCCGCGGCGCCGUGCCCCGUUCACCACGUACGGUCCCGCGUUCCCCUCCCCCCGGCGUCCACACUCUCCCCACCAUCGUCGCCCACGUCGAGAUGGACAGCUCAGCGCUGUCCGACUCGGAAGCCCAUGCACCCCCUCCCGCUCCCUCGGCCGUCUUUGGAACUGCCGCCCCCGGCACAGAAGUUCGUCGCCGUCGUCGUACGAGCUCCAUCCACGUCAAGCCGCCUCCUGGUGUCAAACCAACAAAGGCCGUCGACUGGGAGAUCCCCCGCAAGGCCUUCCACUCGUCCAUUGGCUUCUUGACGCUCGCGCUCAAGUACACGGACCCACCCUCGCUGCGUCCGCUUAUCACGGUGCUGUGCAUCAUGUGUGUUACCAUCUUCACAAUCGACGUUAUCCGGCUGCGUUUCCCCGCGUUUGCCGAGCUCUGGGAAAUGUUCGUCGGCUUCCUUAUGCGCGAAGAGGAGCGUAACAGGAUCAACGGCGUCGUGUGGUACCUCGUUGGCGUCAUCUUUGUGCUCUCGUUCUACCCUCGCGAUGUCGCCGUCGUCGCCAUCCUCACGCUCUCGUGGUCGGACACCACCGCGUCCACCCUCGGUCGCCUUUGGGGCCGCCACACCCCUCCUCUGCCCGCUCACGUCCCGGGCCUCAAGUUCCUCCCCUUCGCGCCCCGCAAGUCGCUCGCCGGUUUCCUCGCCGCGACCGUGACCGGUAUCCUUAUCGGCCUCGGCUACUGGGCUCACCAGGCGUCCGACUGGGCGGUCCUCAACACGCCUGGCCCCUUCGGCCUCAUUGCCACCUCUCUCGUGGUCGGCUUUGGCGGUGCCGUCGUCGAGGCUCUCGACCUUGGUGUCGAUGACAACCUUACCCUGCCCAUCCUGUCGGGUGCUAUUGUCUGGGCGUGGUUUGCGGCCACCAACGUCCUCCUGGGCCACUAA